AACUCUGACACUGAUUCUGAUGCUGAUGAUUUCGAAGAUGACUUGCGAACUGUUCUUUUUUCAGAUCAGGGGAGAUCAGCUAAAAGAAAAAGACCUGUGAAGAAAGAACAAUAUAUCUCUAACGAGGAAGCUGCGAGAAUUUGGAAAGAGAAAAAAUCACAUAUCAUCGACGUUAUUAAUUCACAGAAGAAGUUCUUUCCGGCUGCCAGCGUCUUUGUUGGCAAAUUGGAUCACAUUCAAAACAUUCUCCAAGAAAACAAAGGGUUUUUGGAAUUGGACCUUAUGGAUCUGGAGAAGUAUAUUGAUAAACUUAGGUCGAUGGCAGCCGAUGACAGCGGUUGGCCUGAAUAUUAUGUUGAAUUGAAGAGAAGUCUUGGACUUGAGUUUUCCUCUCAGGCUGUGUUUUCUGAAACACCUAUUACUUACAAGAAUGCAAUGCUCACUCCUCCUGUUACAUCCUUCAAUGAUUGCUCUGAUGAAUUGGAUAGUGACAUUUGUUGCGAGGAAGCUGAGAAACUUGAUGCGCAAAAAUCUGUUAUCGUUGAUGCUAUCGGUAGAUUGAAGACCUUCGGUACCAUCCCACCUGCCUGCAGUGACUUGCUUGGUCAUUUGGAAGAUAUGCGUUCCAGUCUGGCACGCUACGAAUCUAUUAAAUGUCGGAAGAAACUGUCUGAUUUCAACAACUAUAUUUGUUCAAUUAAGGGGAAGGCAGACGUUGACAGCCGCUGGAUUGAAAUGCUGGAUGAUUUACAGAAGAGUCUUGGGCUGGAGAAUAAUCCUGAGGUGGUACAUCCUAUGGCAAAGAAGGCAAAGAAGUCAAAGAAGGGAAAGAAGGCAAAGAAGUCAAAGAAGUCAAAGAAGGCAAAGAAGGCAAAGAAGACAAAGUAUGCUGACCCUGAUUGAUACACGUAGAGAGACGAAACAAAAUGUUGAAGGAAAUGGUGAGGAGCAUGAUGACGACCCAAAAUUCUUGUGGGAAAAAGUAUUGAAGAUAACCAUGCACCGUGUACCAAGUAAGUCUGUUCCUAAGACGCCAUUUGAACAAUCGAAAGGUAUGAAGCCUAGUUUGUUACAUUUCAUGUUUGGGGUUGUAACCCUGAAACUAAAGAGAAGCUUAAUCCAAGGAUUGUGAGUUGGUCAUUUUAAUAGAUUUCCUGAAAAUUUUAAAGGUUAUAUAUUAUUUUAUUGCCCACAAUACAAUUGCACAGAAAGAUAGUAUAUAGACUCAUAAUACUAAUACCAAUUUUGAGUUUGAAGAAGAUGAAUUUGUGGCAGUACCACCAAGUAAGUAAUGAGCAGUUCAAGUUACCUCCAAGGCUAAUCAACGAGAAUGAAGAUGAAGUAUCCCUACAGCAACAUGUCCAACCUUCUCCACCACAAAAGUCAAUAAUGAGCAGUCAAUCUCUCACGAAGAGCCUCAAGAUCCUCAUGCUGAUGUUCAACCUGUCAUCGAAAUUACCAGAAGAUAGUCCCCAAGAGUUAGAAAGCCAUCAAUUUCUGAUGAAUGUGUAUGUGCAGGAGAUUGAAUGACAUUAGAAUGAAGAUGAACCUAUGAGCUUUGAUCAAGAAAGCAUCAAUGAAGGAGUGUACGUAGCCUAUAGUAUGCAAAUGGGUCUUCAAAAUCAAUAGAAAUUCUAGUGGCAAUAUAGAAACCCACACUGUUCUUAUAUUGGUUGUAUUCCUUGUUUUAAGAAAUCCCAAGUAUUGAUACA